AUGCCGGAUAAAGAAAAAGAUCCAGAAGCAUACACACUUGUAGAGCAACACAUGAUGCAUGGACCUUGUGGAAAGGACCGUCCAAGAUCUCCUUGCAUGGAAAAAGGUGAAUGUUUGAAAAAAUACCCGAGACCAUUUGUUCAGAACACAAGACUUGACGAGUCAGGGUAUGCUUUAUAUCAAAGGCGAAAAAAUGGCAGAUUUGUGAUGAAGGGAGAGACCAAACUGGAUAACCGAUUUGUCGUGCCACACAAUGUCAAGCUUCUGAAAAAGUACAAAGCCCACAUCAAUGUUGAAUGGUGCAAUAAGUCUUCAGCCAUUAAAUAUCUCUUCAAAUACAUUACAAAAGGAGUGGAUAGAGCUACAUUUAUCAUCCAAAAAGAAGGCAAUGAGGAUGCAGGAACACAAGGUCGCGGUGGAAAGGGGAAAAUAAAGGAUGAAAUAAAUCAUUAUUUGGAUUGUCGGUACUUAUCAGCAUGUGAAGCUAUGUGGAGAAUAUUUACAUUCAGUAUUCACCACCACAACCCUGCAGUUCAAAAGCUACCAAUUCACCUGCCUGGACAGCAAAGUACAGUAUUUGAUGAGGAAGAAACAUUAGAUAAUGUGAAAUUUCGUUAUGCACAUGGGAGGACAAUGCUUACGGAAUGGUUUGAAUUAAAUAAGAUCUCUGAAGAUUCCAAGAAAUUAAGAUAUGUCGAACUCCUAACAAUGUUCACAUGGAAUAAUAAAGACAAAAUGUAUUCAGUGAGAAAGCAAAGAGGGAGCAUUGGCAGAAUUGUCAACAUUCUACCAAGCGCUGGUGAACUAUACUAUCUUCGAAUUUUGGUCAACAUAUCGAGAGGGCCAACAAGUUUUGAUGAUUUAAAGACGGUUGGAGGCCAAAUACAGACUUCUUAUAAAGCUGCAUGCUAUGCUAGGGGUUUGCUAGAGGAGGACAAAGAAUGGCAUGAUGCCAUGGAUGAGUCAUCACAAUGGGCAACAGCUUACCUACUCAGAUGCCUAUUUGUCUUGAUGUUGAUAUACUGUGAGGUAUCAGAACCAGUCAAACUUUGGAAUCAUUGUUGGGAAAACAUGGCAGAAGACGUGUUGCGGAAACAAAGAAAAGUUCUGAGUUUCCCAAAACUACAACUAGAAUCCCCACAACUACAACAUUACACAUUGAUUGAAAUUGAGAAUCUCCUACGUCAGCAUGACAGAUCAUUAAUGGAUUUUUCAGAUAUGCCCAAACCAAACAAGACGAUUUUGGAAGAAAUCAACAACUCAAAACUUACGCAAGAGUUUCACUUCAAUAUUACUGAAGAGAAGGAAUUACAUGAGAAGUUAUUGAAGAAGCUCAACAAGGACCAAAAAAUCGUUUACGAUAGUGUGCUCAAAUCAGUGCUAAAUCAAGAGGGAAAACUAUUCUUUAUCUAUGGAGCAGGAGGAACCGGGAAAACUUUUUUGUACAAGACUAUUAUAUCUGCCUUAAGAUCAAUGGAGAAAAUGGUCAUGCCUGUUGCAUCAUCGGCCAUUGCAGCAUUACUGCUACCAGGUGGGAGGACAGCACAUUCAAGAUUCAAAAUACCACUAACUCUACAUGAGGAUUCUGUUUGCGAUAUAAACACUGGAUCAAAGCUAGCUCAUUUACUGAGUCAAGUGGAUCUUAUCAUUUGGGAUGAGGCCCCUAUGGCACAUCGCCAUACAUUUGAAGCAUUGGAUCGCACAAUGAGAGAUAUUUUAUCAAAAGGAGAAAAAGCAGCAUUGGGGAAAACAUUUGGUGGGAAAACAGUGCUUUUAGGUGGUGAUUUCAGACAAAUCUUACCAGUGAUACCACAAGGAACAAGACAGGAAACAGUUUCUGCUGCCAUCAAUCGGUCAUACCUAUGGGGAUCAUGUGAGAAGUAUUUGUUGUCAAAAAAUAUGAGAUUACAGCCAGAUGAAAUUGCUUUUGCGGAGUGGAUCUUGCAAGUAGGAGAUGGACUUGCUACCAAAAAAAAAAAGGGACCAGAUGAUUAUGAAGAAGAGGACAACAUUGAAAUUGACGAUGCCCUGAUGCUUCCAGAAACAAAUAAUCCACUAGAGGUGCUAUGUCAAUCAGUCUUUCCAUAUUUUGAAAAAGCAUACCAAGAUUUGACCAAGCUUCGAGAAUCUGCUAUUUUAACACCACGGAAUGAAACGGUCGAUGAAAUCAACGCUUAUCUACUAUCUAAAGUACCAGGACCACAGAAAGAGUACUUAAGCGGUGACAGUGUUGGACAAGAUGAAGCAUAUGCAGGAGGUUCAGGGAAGAAGAAGAAAAUGCGGAGGAUUGAGAAAACGAAAAUGGCGCAGAGAGGAGAAAGUACUCAGGCAAAUGUCUUCCAUCUCUCAAAUACAGAGUGUCUAAAUCGGUCCAGAUAG